UAUGAGUCAUUCCCCAGUGUGAUGAAGCACUUACCAGGUCCUCACAACAAAUUAUUUACAAACUUUGACCUGGUCAAAGAUUUCAUCCAUGAGGAGGUAGAGAAGCACAAGAAAGACCUGGACCACAACAAUCCUCGGGACUACAUUGAUACUUUCCUUAUUGAAAUGGACAAGCACAAAGAACCUGAACUUGGCUUCAAUGAGACAAAUCUGACUCUGUGCUCUCUGGAUUUGUUCCUGGCUGGAACCGAGACCACUUCUACCACUUUACAGUGGGCUUUGGUUUACCUGAUCAACCACCCAGAUGUUCAGG